AUGCAUCCACUUUUCACGCACCUUUUAGCUUUCACUUUUGCGUUGAAAACAGCUGAAGCAUGUGUGGCAACAUCGCCAGGAGGAACGGCUACAACGACGGCAGCGCCGACAGCUUGCAGAUCUUGCACGUUAGACACCGUGACACAUAUUAUGAUCAGUGAGGGAACCAAAGAAUUCACAAGUGACACGAUUGACACGUCUGGAACUUGCGCUGUCAGAACUGCAGUUUGUGAUGGAUUUUCUGCGGACUCUGGUGUUAUUAUUACGUUCAACAGAGAUCAAGCCGGUGCAACCCCAACAGGCACUGGUACGGUGUCUGCAACUUUGGUUUGUAACGAUGCUGGUGAAUGGACAUUGGAGGGGGAAACUAUCGUGAUCACCGAAAUUGAGUGCCAAUCAACGCCAUAA